GUGGUAGCAGACGCAUCGGGUAGCCACAGUUGUGUUUACGCCGUCAGCUGACGUUCAUUUUCGAUCAGCCGCGUUGAACUCGCGUGUUUUUAUUCUUCUCAAAUUUGGAAUUUGUGCCCGGUCUCCUUCCUAGGAGCUUUUGUUUCACUGCAGUGUGGAUUACCCUUCUCAGUUCGAGGGGGGUCGUGACGUGACGCUGCUCGCCGCACCGUCCAGCCACCCGCCGGCGAUCUGACCGAGGCCCGGUGCCCCCGGUGCUGCGACCGCUGCGGAUGGCCGAGGUCCUGGCCGCAGGGGUGGAGAGGCGCCCGAGCCCCGCCGCCGGGCCGCUGCCGCCGCUGCCGGGGAAUGCCCUGGCGGCGCUGAGGUGAAGCUGGCCAUGGUGCAGGCCGCCGCCACCCACGCCACGCACGCCGACACGAACGGCGGCAGCAGCGCGCAGCCGGAGAGCGCCGAGCACAGCGCCGAGCACAGCGCGGAGGGCGCCGAACCCAACAACAACGACUCCCUAUCGACGGCCGAGCUGGCUCUCCUAGCCAAACUGGAGGAGGCAAAUCGGCUCAUUGAAGCCGAUGCCAAAUCCUUAAAUUCCUUGUCCGGAACCAGUGGUCAUUCCCGCAAGAGUUCCGACACCUCGCAAAUUUCCCUCACGUCCGGCACAAGCUCAAGUCAAGACAGAACUGAAGAUGCAGAAGAAGAUGCUUGGACUAUUUGGGGCCGGGUUGUCAGUGACUGGGACAAUUUCUUUAAGAAGAAGAAUCAAUAUGUCCGGGACCUUGUACGAAAAGGUAUCCCGAACAAAUUGCGUGGGACAGUCUGGCAAAGACUGUGCAAUGCACAAGAAUCGCCUAUUACGAAGCAGUAUGCAGAAUAUAUCAAAGCUACAUCAGCUUGUGAGAAGGUGAUCCGUAGAGACAUUGCUAGAACUUAUCCUGAGCAUGAAUUCUUCAAAGAAAAGGAUGGGCUUGGGCAAGAGAGCCUUUUUAACGUUAUGAAAGCCUAUUCCUUACAUGACCGUGAAGUAGGCUACUGUCAAGGUUCUGGUUUUAUUGUUGGACUUUUGCUCAUGCAUAUGCCAGAGGAGGAAACAUUUGCUGUUUUAGUAAAGCUUAUGCAGGAUUAUCGUUUAAGAGAAAUGUUUAAACCUACCAUGGCAGAACUAGGCCUUUACAUGUAUCAGCUAGAAAAUUUAGUUCAGGAACACCUACCAGAUUUACAUAUUCACUUUUUAUCACAAAGCUUUCACACCAGCAUGUAUGCUAGUAGCUGGUUUUUAACACUGUUUACCACAGCAAUGCCCCUUCCUGUAGCUUGCAGGAUAAUGGAUGUAUUUCUAUUGGAAGGGAUGGAAAUAAUUUUUAAAGUGGCAUUGGCUCUUUUAACUAUUGCGAAAGACAACAUUCUGAGUCUAGAUAUGGAAGGAAUGCUCAAGUACUUCCAAAAAGAUUUACCACCAAGAGCAGAAGAGGAUCCUGACAGUCUCAUGAACAUGGCAUACAAUAUUAAGCUUAACUCCAAGAAAAUGAAGAAGCUGGAGAAAGAGUACACCGCUUUAAAGACGAAGGAGCAAGAAGAAAUGGUUGAAUUAAAGCGUCUUCGCAAUGAGAAUCGUCUUCUUCGUCAGCGAGUAGAAUUGUUAGAAGCAGAAUCCAGUGAAUUAGCUGACCGACUGGUUCGGGGACAGGUGUCAAGAGCAGAGGAGGAGGAAACUACAUUUGUUGUACAGAGGGAGCUAGCUGCCUUGCGACACACUCAUCUAGAAACAUCUCACAAACUUGAAAUUGCUCAAGAGGAACUAAGCAAACUAUCUAUGAUGAUGGAAGAGACUCACAAUUCAGCACAAUCAUCCAUGGAUGAAGUAUCCCUAAAGCGUGAAAUGCUCACUCAAAAGGAAGAAAUGGUUGAGUGUCUUCAAGAACAACUUGUCAAAGUUCGACUUCGUGAGGCAGAAAACGAGGCAACAAUUAGAGAUUUGCGAGCACGCAUGCAGGAGCUAGAAGAGGAUAAAAAAACUUUGCGGGAGUCAACCGUUGACAAUUCUGUAGCACAUUUACAGGAAGAACUUAUUGCUGUAAAGCUACGAGAAGCAGAGGCAAACCUCUCACUUAAAGACUUGCGCCAGCGAGUAACAGAACUAAGUGCUCAAUGGCAAAGACAUCUUCAAGAGCACAGGGUUGAGGCUAAUCCUCCACCAGAUUCCACACCGAAAAAACUCCUGUUUUGGGACAACCGAAGUGCUGAUACUCAGAGGCUAGAGGAAGAGCUAAUGACUACUCGGAUACGAGAGAUGGACACUCUCACUGAGGUCAAAGAGCUGAGACUGAAAGUAAUGGAAUUGGAAACCCAAGUACAAGUUAGCACAAAUCAACUUCGUCGGCAAGAUGCUGAAAACAAGCAAUUGCGAGAAGAACUUGAGCUAUGUGCCACUCGUGAGCGUGAGGCAGCUAGGGAACUGAGAGAUCAGCAGCAUCGCUAUGCUGAUUUAGAAUCUAAGAUGAAAGAUGAAACAAUGAUGGCAAGAAUAAGAGAUGCUGAACAUGCACAAGCUGUCGCUGAACUAAGUCAGAAGAUCUCUAGAUUAGAAAUGAAGAAUGAAGAAAUGGUUGCUGAGGGAGAAUUACGUAGUAAUCUUGAUGACAGUGAUAGAGUGCGAGAACUUCAGGAUAAAGUUGCGGAGCUGAAAGCAGAGAUCAUGAGACUGGAGUCAUGCAAGCAGCGUUGGAUGUCUAGUGGAGACACAGGUCGUAAGCCUGCCUCAAGAACUGUAUCUGUUGAUACCGAAAGUGAGCAUGAUGAACCUGCUGACCUCCAAAUUAAAUUUGGGAACAGUGAAGCUUCCAGUCCAGAAGUUUGAAUUUUUAGACUGUAAUUUUCUCGUCCAGUGCUGUGUGUAAGAUUUUUAGUUGACUUUCCAUUAGUAGUAACUGGAUGUGAUUUUGAUUAGUUAUGAUUGUGAUAAUGAUUCUGUGGAUGUGUAUUUGCAUAUGUAUUUAAACAUUUCACCUCUAUAGAUUGUAUGGCCUCUGUUAUACCAUAGUCUUCAUUUUGUGUUGUUUUUCUCGGAAUGUAUGUGGGUUUGCUUCUUUGUGCAGGUGGUAUGAUCAGAGCUUGUAUAGUGAAGUAUUAGACCUGAGAAGUAACAAAAACUAAUUCCUGGAGAUGUAUGGUUGCACCUUGAAGAUCAAUGUUAUCCUCCCCUUGAUCUUAAUUAUUUAUCUUUAAAGUCUGAAGGAAUCAAAUUCAAAACCUCAUUUAGAGGAGCAAUACUCAAGUACUUAUUGACCAUCAGUUUAACUGAGGUACUUCUCUGUGCACCAGGUUUUGCUUUGAAAACCUGGCGGGCACCUACCAAAAAUGUUGUAGAGGCAAUACUGUUUUUUUUUUAUGUUUUAAAGUGGAUGUCGUAAUGGUAUUGAAAAACUCUUCAAAAACACUUAACGCACAAGUUAAUAAUAGUGUGCUGUUGUAUAUGUUGUAUAUGUGUAAAGCUGGAUAGCUUUUGUUUCUUACGAAAGGUGCAAAAAUCUUUAAGGACUUUCACUUCACUUGAUAUGAGUACAUACUUCAUUUAUCAUUCCCAUGUUCGAAGAGGAACAAUGUACUACAAACGCUAAGCAGGAGGCUCAAUAAUGAAAUCCAUAUGACAUCAGUUUUAAUAAUACUUCCAUGUUUGUGAUUUUAUAAUUAGUUUUAUGAAUUUAUGAUACUCAGUAUCUUUAACAUAUAUGUGAUUUUUGGUUUCUAAAACAUGUUUUUUUUCCUGUUAUUUUUCCUUUUAAAAAAAGUGAAACUAUGUUUCUUUUUAUAUUGAAUGUUGAAGAUAUUUCUCAACCUAGCAAAAUGUGAAAUAUUUUGAUUUCUUGUGUCCUUGUGCAAUGGCUGAGUCCAUUGAAAUUCAAAUCAUAUCACUUGUAUUGAAGUUGUCAAUUAAGCAUAGGAUAUUAUGUAUGUAGGAAGGGAUGGGAACUUCUAUCUAAUACUAAUGCUCUGUCUGAAUAUUUUUUGAGAACCUUCUGAAACUUUGUUGAAAUUUUGAGUAAUUACAGUACUUUUAGCUAUUUCUGUGAAUGAAUUGGAGAAUUCACUAAUCCUAUGCUUUUCCUUGGUUACUGAUGCCAUGUGUUAUUUACUCUAACAACUAAACCUUUUGAAAACCUUGUAGGGUUUGUUAUCCUUUUUGUGGGGAUCAGCUUUCAAAAAUUAUUUGAACUUUGUUCUGUUAAUCUUGGGUUUUGCACUAGUUUGUAUUGCGGUACAACAAAAUAGUUCUCAUUCACUCUGAAAACAUUCACAGCAGCACAGCAGUUUCCUAUUUGCACUCUUUAAUUUAAAGCUGAGCUCAUUAAUGUUUUCCCACCCUUGCAACAGGGAAGACCUUGAUGUCAAAUUCUUUAUUGUUGAAUUUUUAUUGUUUUGAAAGUAUUUUAAUCUGAUGCAUUAAAGUAAGUAAGGGCAUCCCCAUAAAACAUAUGUAGACUCAACCUGAGCAUAAGCACCUUUUAAUUUAUUUCAUAUUUUGGGCAAGAUGUGCAACAUCAUUGCUAAAGGAUUUUAGUCUUUCUUGUAUUCUUUUCAUCUGCUUUGUCUUGUUUGUUUAUUUUUUGUUUCCUUUUAAAAAGUCUUUAUGAUCUGAAUGUUGAUUUUGUUUUACAGUUUAUUUUUUAACAUAAUGUAAACAUCAUUUAGCUCCCAUUUUAAAAUAUUCUGGCUAGAAUGAAUUUUGUAAAACAGUUGUAGCUUUAUCCCUAAACAGUAAAUGAAUUAAUAGACUAAUUGCUUGAAAAGCAUUGAUAUUUUUAAAUGGGAAAUUUUCUGUUCUGUAGUUUGUAUUAAAGCAGAAGUGAAGCUCAUGUUCUGUCAUGGCAGCAAGCUGCCCCUACAUAGUUUAAGAGAUUGAUAUGCAUUCUAUCAUAUCCCACACUCCUGUUUAAAUUUUUCAUUUGGUUUAAUUUUGUGUAGUUUCUGCAAAAUGUAAAAUGAAUUUUGUACAGAUUAGAGUAGCCUUUGUACCAAUUGAGGUUUGUUCUCUUUCAUGGCUACUUUUUCCUGGCAUCAUGUACUGUCAUCAUGAAAGUAUUAAAUGAACCGUCAAUUUCAAAACAUA